AUGCCACCACGUGAAGAGUUCCCUAGUAAAGGAGUAGAGGGCGCGCCAAAUGUCUCAAGUGUUCGUAGUAGAGAUACAAACUUUUACUACAGAUUAUUAGAUGAAGUUGUGGAAGAAAUUGGAGAAAAAUACAUUGUUCAAAUAGUCACUGAUAACGAGGCAGCACUUAAGGCCUCCACAAGCACAAGAGCUUGGAAGCAAAUGAAUCCAGAUAAUUCUGAUAAUGAAAUGAAUGUUGAACGAUCACGUCAAUCUCAAGAAAGGAAUGUAUCUCAUUCAAGUUCAAGUCCAACACCAAGUCAGAGUGAUGAUGGUGGUGGUUUAAGUCCAGAUGAUGAUGGUGAUGGAGAUGGUGAUGGUGAUGGUGCGAAUUUUGGUGAUAAUAUGGAUGCAAAUCGACCUUACAGCCCACUUGAAGGAGAAUUUGGGCUUGCUGCUACUGGUGGACUUUUUAUUAAUAUGGCAGAAUACGGAGGAAAUCCAUUUGCUGAAUCUAGUGAGGGUCAAAGUGCACGUACAGCUCGAUCAAAAGGAAAAGCAAAGAAGCACCACUAUGAAAUUUCUAGAGGUUCUUCAUCUUCAGGUGAGAGAUCAAAUUCUAGUAACUUUGAGUAUAGUGAAUCAUCUGCUAGUACUCAAAGACAUUACUAUCCACCAGAACAACAUAAUUUUCAACCUCCUCAUGGUUAUCCACCUCCAUAUGGUUAUUAUCCACCUCAAAUGUAUCCUCCACCUUCUCAAAUAUAUCCUCCACCUCAAAUGUAUCAGUUACCACAAAUGUACCCUCCACCACAAAUGUAUCAUCCUCAAAUAUAUCCUCCACCUCGAAUGUAUCAAGAACAAAGGUCUCAGGGAUGGAGAUGGAGUCAACUUGGCUCUCAAAGUGAAGAUAGAGAAUCUGAUCCUCCUCGUCAUUCUACCAUGUGGUAAAUUUGAAAUAUGUAUCAAUAAUUGUAGUUGAUGGAAUUUGAAAUUAUUAUAUUUUU